AUGUCCACUGAAAAAGCUAGCGAGCCAAAGGUUGGGGUCUCGGGACGUAAGAUCGUCUAUGACAAGGACGGAAAACCGUGCCGUACAUGUAACUCAUUGACCGAUUUCCAGUUUGCAACAACAGGCAUAAAACCAGCCAAGGCUGCUGCCAAGAAGCCCGUCAAGGACGCCUAUAAGGACAUUCCUCCGGACGUGGAGGUCAUUGGCAAGUCGUCGUGGACUUUGUUGCAUUCCAUCGCUGCUACGUACCCAGAAACUCCUGACAAUAAACAACAGCUGGACUUGAAGCAAUUCUUGAAGCUCUUUGGAAACUUCUACCCUUGUUGGUACUGUGGAGAUGACUUCAAGGAGUACUUGGGCAAGAACGAGCCCAAGGUGGACACCCAGGAUGCCUUUGGAAGGUGGUUGUGUGACGCCCACAACGAAGUCAAUGUGAAGUUGGGCAAGCCCAAGUUCGACUGCAACUUGUGGAAGCAAAGGUGGAAGGACGGGUGGGAGGAAAAGUCACUGUAA